AUGGAGAACAAGAAAGUCGACGACCCUGGUGCCCUGGCCUUACGGCGUCUAGUCCGAAGCCCAACCGGCGGUCGUUUGGCUCCCAGGCGGUCGUCGACUGUUGCUUCAUGUUCUUCCAGCAGCAGCAGCAGCAGCUCAGCAUCUUCAGUGACUUCGUCAGUCGACGGCGAGAUGCCAACUUCGUGUGUCUCACGCAACACUUCGAGCGACGAGUGUGCCUUGUACAGGUUCAUCGUAUGGGCAGCCGUCAAGCGCAAUGCCUGCCAAAAGAUGACUUCCGAAGAGCGGCGGGAGUGUCCCUUGCUGCGCUGCCGCAAGAGAUUCCCCAACCAUGAGCUCAUGCUGCAACACCUGUAUUCCUGCGACCACCUCGCCGGCGGAGAGUACUGGUGCUAUGACUGCGAGAAGCCCGAGCAGCUCAGCGAUGUCAAGUGCAGACGCUGCUUGGGCCACCCGUCCAAGAGGAGGAAGAUCAUGACCAUGGCCAAGAGCUUCUUCAGUUCGUUGGGCCACAAGCCAAAGUCUCACAGCCUGGCGCUGGUUGCGUCCAUGGGCAUGGGCUUGGGCGCGGGCGAUGGCGGCGGCAGCGGGGGUGAGGACGAACCCCCAAGCUACGACUCCGUGCUCUUCACGCCUCCGCCUCCGCAGCAGGCCGAACUCUUCUCGACCGAGAUACAUGAGAUCGGUUCGAGCGAGGUGCUGCUCCCCACUAUCCCGGAGUGUGAGACCGAGACUGAGCCUAUACCCGCCCCUGGGAUGAUCCCCUGUCUCCCCCCAUCCACAUUCCCCAUCUCACCACCAGGCUCCCACCCGGGAACCGUGCCGCUGCCAUCUAUGGAUGAACAGUUCAUGGUACAUAAUUGGAGGCCUUCACCACCUUCCCCUCAGACUGUGGCACCUCAAAGCCUGAUGAAGCCCAGCACAGCACGGUUGGUUGAUCGUCCAACACUCCAGGUCAACACCCACCUGGACCAGUAUCGAGGCCAAGGGAGACGACGCAGCAAGGUGCUGGCGCCGAGCUCCUCUGUCCGGUCGACCAGCAGCACCGACAGCACCGACAGCACUGAUAGCACCGCCAGCUACAACAUCUCGCCCAUGUCGGGCUGGUCCAACGGAUGGACCAAGACGUCCGGCUUCGAGUCUGCCUUGACGUCACCUGACGACCUCAUCAGUCCUCAGAGCCUCCUGCCCGCCGGCCCUUUCUCAUCAACCACUACCACUACUAAUACCGCUGAUGGCACCACCUCGACGAGACCAAUCCCCUUUAGCAACUUGGAGUUUGAGAACAUGGUGGCCAACUCGUGUCCAUCAGAGCUUCCUGCCGACAUUCCCAUGUUUGACGACUUGUCCAACACCAUGGAUCCUCAAAAGACACAGGCGUCCAUGGGCUUGGACCAGGCUGCCUUUUCCUUCAACGCCGAUAUUCCUUUCCAGCUCCCGUUAGCACCUCAGAUGCCCUCAACCAAUAGUGUCGACCUUAGCCUGGCACCGCCGCCGCCUCCUCCUCCUCCUGCACAACAGCAGACUACUAGUAACAUUGAGUCAAGUCUAAUGCGGGACGCCAAUUCCUCCCGCCUCACCACCACGACGCAGUCUCUGGCCAGAUCAGUCCAAGAUGCGCUACGGAUGCAUGUUGCCGAAUCGAGAAGCAAGCUCGACACCAUCAAUGAAAACUCUCUCUUGAUGCAGCUCAACCAGAUGCCUCUCUCCUCCGUUGCCGCAAUUGGUCUGGAGACCAUGACUGAUAUCCUGGAAGGCCGCCAGGCCUCAUCACCUCUGAACCUCGUUUGCUUCCUCCACGUUGUCUUCUCUCUAUCUCUAGUGAUCCAUGAGCAGGAUGCCUCCAAGCACUCUGCCGCCCUCUUCAAGCAAGCAUUACUGUACAGCGAUUGGUUCUCGGAUGACGAUAAGAUACCCUUUAUCGAGGUCGUUUAUACUCUUUGGAAACCGAGUCAAGUCAACGAUGACGAGAUUAUCGCCUUGUUAAAGUCACGGCCACCCAUUCCCAGUGCUAGCAUGUCCAAGGGCAAACAGCCCGAACGGUUCCCCCAAGGAUUGAGGUCCGACCCGUUGAUACUAAUCGCGGCCUACUUUCUAGAUGAACUCGAGUACAUGGCUAUCAGCGAAAGCAGCUACACCGGACACGCCUCUGAACUUGCCAUGCAGCACCACAAGGACGGCCUCGGCGCUAGCCACAAUUCACCGUUUGCCAUUGCAGCUAGGUUUAUGAUUGACAACAUCUUUUCUCAUCAAUACUCCCACGUUCCAGGAUUUGAGCUCCGCAUGGAGAAACUCAUUGACCAGAUUAAUUCUAGUGAAGUGGGAACCGUGCGUCGCUUGGAGCUAGAGCUGAUGCAAGCUGGAAGGACAUACCUACCUCCCGACGCAUUCUUUGACGAAUAUGUCGAAGUGGUCCGACGGCAGACCGACUCGCUGUACACGCAAAGCCCUUACUUCAGCUCGCGGUCGACGUACCACCGGUGCGGCAUCCAGCUGCUGAUGAGGGAGUCUAACAGAAAUCCAGUCAUUGUGGAGGCCGGGGUUGAGUCAUCGGGGCCGUCUUCCGGAUCGCUCGCUGGAAUCGUGGGCGUGGUAUCAGACGGCUUCGAUGGCUUCGACUUUGACUCAAUGGUCGACCUCAACCCGGACAAUGGAUUGGACGUCAAUAUUGCCGACUCUGCAGCCAUUGCCGGCGCCCCACUCAGGGAAGCCGCCGAGUGGACACCAGGGGAUUCGGCAUAUGUCACAGCACCAGGCAGUGCCGCCAUAGCCACCACGCCUGCAGUGCCUCGGGCUCUGGACGCUGAUGCGCUGCCGCUUGUGGAAGACGAUGCGCUGAUAUCCCCAAUUGGGUCAACGCCCAACAAAGCAGAGGCAUCGGUGUCGUCGACCAAGGUCGAAUCUGACAGCUGCUGCAAGAUAUGCGGCUAUCGACCCAAGGGCGACCCUCGGUGGUUCGUGGGCAGCAUGGCCAAGCACAUGAGGACGAUACACAGCGAGAAUCCCCAAAUCUUCCGAUGCCCUUACCCGGGUUGCACGAGCCAGUACAGCAAACGCGCGGACAACCUGCGGCAGCACCAGAUUGAAAAGAACCAUUUCGUGGACGACGAGGAGAAGCAGGGUCGGCGGCCGCGCAAACGGAAGCGUCCGUCAGACGGUGGCGGGGAAUCAUGA